UUAUAUCAAGACAGUUCAUUUCCGGUGCAUAGGAAAUAUUGUGGCUUUUCUUUUCGGUGCAAGACGCCAAUUCUCAUACUUUUACUAUUUAAUCCGAUAGUAUCUGCUGCUCGAAGUGUUGUUUGGAAAUCGUGGCAUCAAAGCCAUGGAUAUGCCGCCACCUCCUGAGGACCAAGAGCUGAGAAAUGUCAUCGACAAAUUGGCCCAGUUUGUGGCCCGCAACGGGCCUGAAUUUGAAAAGAUGACAAUGGAGAAGCAGAAGGAUAACCCCAAGUUUUCCUUCUUAUUUGGUGGAGAUUUUUUCAGCUACUACAAGUACAAGUUAGCCAUUGAGCAGCAACCGCAUUCUACUACACAGGAAUGUGAGGAGUAUAAGUUGGAAGCAGGAUUGUGCAAGCCACCAGGGCAGGAGCCUCUUGAUGCCCCGCCCCCGAUGGCCAUGAUGCCGCCGCCCCCCAUCGCUCCGGCCACGCCCUCUAUGGACGAGCUCAUCCAGCAGAGCCAGUGGAACCUGCAGCAGCAGGAGCAGCACCUACACAGCCUCAGACAGGAGCAGGUGAGCGCAGCGAUCACGCUGGCCAUGGAGCAGCAGACCCAGAAGCUGCUGGUGGAGACGCAGCUGGACAUGGGCGAGUUCGACAGCCUGCUGCAGCCCAUCAUCGACACCUGCACCAAGGACGCCAUCUCGGCUGGGAAGAACUGGAUGUUCAACAACGCCAAGACGCCGCAGCACUGCGAGCUGAUGACCCGUCACCUGCGAAACCGCAUCACCGUGGAUACCGCGCACUUCGAGCUCCGCCUGCACCUCAUCUAUCUGACCAACGACGUCCUGCACCACUGCCAGAGGAAGCAGCAGAGGGACCUCCUGGCGGCCCUGCAGAAGGUGGUGGUGCCCAUCUACUGCACCAGCUUCCUGGCCGUGGAGGAGGACAAGCAGCAGAAGAUUGCCAGGUUGCUGCAGCUGUGGGAGAAGAACGGGUACUUUGACGAGGUGACGAUCCAGCAGCUGCAGAGCCCGGCGCUGGGCCUGGGGCAGUACCAGGCCUCUCUGAUCACCGAGUACGCCGGCGUGGUGCAGCCCGUCCAGCUGGCCUUCCAGCAGCAGAUCCAGACGCUCAAGUCGCAGCACGAGGAGUUCGUGUCCAACCUCAAGCAGCAGCACAGCGCCGCCGCCGCCGGGCAACUGCCGCCCGGAGACCCCGAGGCCAAGCCCGCCGCGCAGGUCGCCGCGGCGACCACACAGCCUGGGGAUGUGAAGCCGCCAUUGGCCGCCCCGCCCCCAGGUGACUAUGACGGGGCUCCGGCCAGACCUCCUGACUCCGCCCCCAGCGGCCCCAGCGAGCCAAUCCCUGCCUCUAAGCCCAGCUGGUACGACCCCCAGCACAACAUGUCUGCCUGGGCCCCCCAACAGCCGCCGCCCUUCGACCCGACGCAGGCCCCGCCCCCGUGCCCGCCCUGGAACAGCCACGAGGGCAUGUGGAGCGAGCAGCGAGACUCCAGCUGGAGCGGCCCGCGGGAGGGGGGUCCCUGGAGCAGCGCGCCCGAGCCGCCGCCGCCGUCCUGGAGCGGCCAGUACGAGCAGCCCCCCUGGAGCAGCCAGCCCGAGCAGCCGCCCUGGGGCCAGAGGGAGCCCCCCUUCCGCAUGCAGCGGCCCCCCCACUUCAGGGGCCCCUUCCCCCCCCACCAGCAGCCGCCGCCGUUCAACCAGCCGCCCCACCCCCCGCACAACUUCGGCCGCUUCCCGCCGCGCUUCAUGCAGGACGACUUCCCCCCGCGACAUCACUUCGAGCGCCCGCCCUACCCGCCCCACCGCUUCGACUACCCGCAGGGAGACUUCCCCGGAGAGCUGGGCCCCCCCCCGCACCACCACCCCAACCAGAGGAUCCCCCCUCCCGGGAUGUCGGAGCACCCCCCCUGGGGGGGUAACCAGCACCCCGACUUCGGGCCCCCUCCGCACGGUUUUAACGGCCAGUCCCCCCACAUGAGGCGCCAGGCCCCCGCCCACGUCAACCAGGACGACCCCAGCCUGGUGCCCAACGUACCCUACUUCGACCUGCCCGCAGGGCUCAUGGCCCCCCUGGUGAAGCUUGAAGACCACGACUACAAGCCCCUGGACCCGAAAGACAUCCGCCUGCCCCCUCCCAUGCCCCCCAGCGACCGUCUGCUGGCUGCUGUGGAGGCCUUCUACAGCCCGCCCUCUCACGACCGGCCUAGGAACAGCGAGGGCUGGGAACAGAACGGCCUGUACGAGUUUUUCAGAGCCAAGAUGAGAGCCAGGAGGAAAAAGGGACAGGAGAAGAGGAACAGCGGUAGAGGGAGUCGAUCUCGUAGCCGCUCGCGCAGUCGUGGCCGGUCCUCGUCCCGCUCCAGCUCCAGAUCCUCAAAAUCGUCGCGCUCGUCCUCCAGGUCCCGGUCCCGCUCGCGGUCCCGCUCCUACUCCCGCUCGCGGUCCAGAAGCCGGAGCGGAUCCCGCUCUUCCCGCAGUCGCUCCCGCUCCCGGUCUCGGUCCCGCUCCCGCUCCCCGGACAAGAGGCGCCACACCAAGUCCAAGUCCCGCAGCCCCACCCCUCCCUCCACCUCUGGGCUGGGCUCUGGGGCGUCCAACCUGCCCCCGGAGCUGAGGCUGGGGGAGGAGAACAAAGGACACCAGAUGCUCAUGAAGAUGGGAUGGAGCGGUUCCGGGGGGCUGGGAGCUAAGGAGCAGGGCAUCCAGGACCCCAUCAAGGGCGGAGACAUCCGGGACAAGUGGGACCAGUACAAGGGGGUGGGUGUGUCACUGGAUGACCCGUACGAGAACUACCGCAGAAACAAGAGCUACAACUUUGUCGCCCGUAUGAAGGCCAGGGAGGAGGUGAAUCGUGAGCCCCAGGACCCCCCACCAGCAGAGUGAAGCGGACUCCUCUCAGAUCCCAAAACCCCCACAAUGGAUUGGAAGAUUGUAUCCUGCUCACAUAAAACGUGUCUUUUUGUAAUUAACUCCCGAGGACUGGCAGUAUUUUUGCCAAUCUUGCGUCUGAUGUGCAUCUUUCUAAGAACCAAAAUUCAGAAGGGUCCUUAAGUUCGAUUGUUUUGUUUUUUUUUGUAGCCUAGACCUUUUUUUAACAAGACAUCUGUUCUUUUAGGAAAGUCUAGCCUUGAUUACAUACUGGAAAUGAUGUAGAGUACUGUGAAGCUUUUCUUUUUAAAACCUGUUGUAACCGCAAUGUAUAUUCAUACAUUCAGGAUAUCGUUUCCACAGUCAUUUGUGUACGUUUCACCAUUCUGACUAUACAAUGUCAAUAAAUAAAGGGUUUUAAAGGCUU